CUGAUUAAAAACUCUGAAAAGGGCAAAAACUGGAGGAAAUUCCCAUCUUCAAAUCCUCCUCCUUUUUUUGCUCUUCCAGCCUGUCCCCUCUAUUAUUAUUAUUAUUUAAAAUAAUAUUGGAGUAUUAAUUUCCUUCCCAAAUAUUAAAUCCCCCUUUUCUUUCAUCCUUCCUUCCCCACUCUCAUUAUUCCUUUUCCAACCCCCUUUCUAUACAUAACGCCGAUUCCUCGCAUAAAUCGAAUUCUCCAUCAAUAUAACAUAACCCUCGCGAUUUGUGAAGGUUGAAUUCAAAAUUCGUGUGUUGUUGGAAGGGAAAAGAAAGAAAUCAUGGCGGAAGAGCACGGAUUUCAGGCACCGGAAGGCCACCGCUUGUGCGCCAAUAACUGCGGAUUCUUCGGCUCUCCGGCCACGCAGAAUUUCUGCUCCAAGUGCUACCAGGAUCUCUGCCUCAAAAAUUCAGGCGAUUCCACCUCCGUAUUCCCCGCCCCGUUGACCGGCGCAUCGCCGUCUAAUCCGGCGCCCGUGGCGCAUCACGCCACGCCGGCGGUCGUCUCCUUACCUGAGAAAGCUCAGAUCCAGGAUUCUCCGGCGGUGGCGCAGCAAUCGACGGCGAACAGGUGCUCGACGUGCAGGAAGAAGGUCGGACUGACCGGAUUCCGAUGCCGGUGCGGCGUGACGUUCUGCGGGACCCACAGGUACCCGGAGAAGCACGGAUGCAGCUUCGAUUUCAAGUCGGUGGGGCGAGAGGCCAUCGCCAAGGCCAAUCCGCUGGUCAAAGCUGAGAAGCUGGAGAGGAUAUGAAUGAAAUGACGACGAUGACUGAUCAUCGGAGCCGUCGCUUUGAUAGACUUUUUUUUAAUCUCUGGAUGAAUGGAUGGUGCAGAUCGAUCGAUCGUUCGUUUUUAGGUUCGGCGCCGUGUGAAUUCCAUGUGUAUAAUUUUUACAUUUCUUAAAUUUACUUAUAAUUUUCUUUUCCGUUUUA